CACCUCCAUUAUUUUAAUUGCUUAAUUAUAAUGGCUGGUAUUUAAAAUGCGAAUAAUUACAAUAAGGCAAUUAAAUGCAGCAAAGUCUUGGAAAAAUAAUUUCUUUUCGACCUCGCCUGUCUUUUGACUGUCAUAGAUAAUUGUCGCAGUUUUUUGCGUUUAACUUUAAUUACAAUUAACACGGAUAGUGUUAAAGUAAAAAACUUUAGAAGUAGCACUUUUAUUGCCAUAAAAAAUGUUUUCGUUUGUUUUUUUUUUUUAGUUUUUUACUAUAUUAAAUGAAUGAAAACAUAAAUUUUCAUUUAAAUUAAAAUUGACAAACAAAGAUGUGUUACUCUUAAGAAGAGUUUGUUUUGGUUACAUUUUUUUUUAUGUUUUUAUUUUCCUUUCUUCCACAUUCUUAACUCUAUGACUUGAAAAAUAAUUAUCAAGGAAAAACAUUUCAAAAUUGAACCAUUUAUCAGUCGCAUCCGAAUCGCUGGAACAAAAACCGUUCGCUUCAUAAACAAAAGAUUUAUAGACAGCACCAAGCUUUCAUAAUGGAAGAAGAACCACUACUUAUUGAUAAAACAGUAAAAAAGAUUGAAUUUUUAUUCCGAUGCACCGGAAUAAAUAUAAAAUCCGGCACAAAGACCAGAAAGGACAUGAUAAAAAGUCGCACCGUUUACAUUAUAAACUUUCUUUGGUUAAAUAUUGAUUUGGCCGGGGCUGUUAUGUGGUUUUUCACUGGCAUUGCAAACUCUAAGAGUUUCACAGAACUGACGUACGUCGCUCCUUGCAUCACUUUAAGUUUCCUUGGUAACCUGAAGUCUCUCUUCCUCAUAUUACGUGAAAAACAUGUUGAUAAACUGAUCCAAGUCCUAAGAGAUUUGGAAAUCAAUGAGAAAGCUCGUCCUAAAUCUGAAGAAACGGAUGCUAUAAUAAAAUACGAACAUAAUUUUGUAACUACUGUAAUAUCAGUGUUGAAUGUCUUGUAUUUUGUGUUGUUAGUAGCAUUUGCUUUAAGUCCUGUGUCUCUGGUUGCUCUUAAGUAUUUCACUACAAAUGAGCUUGAGUUACUUUUGCCAUUUCUGAUUGUUUAUCCUUUCGAUCCUUAUGAUAUCAGAUAUUGGCCUUGGGUGUACCUGCGACAGAUUUGGUCAGAGGUCGUGGUCAUCAUUGACAUCUGUACCGCCGACUACUUAUUCUACACUUUUUGUACAUAUAUUCGCAUGCAAUUCCGAUUGCUCAAACAUUAUAUUGAACGUGUGAUUCCUGAGGAAGAUGACUGUGGACGUUUAACUAACAUCGAGCAAGUUAGAGCUGAGUUUGUUCUUCUGAUCAAGUGGCAUCAGGAUUUAAUAAGUUCUGCAAACAUGUUGGAGACAGUUUACACUAGAUCCACGUUAUUUAACUUCGUGUCAAGUUCUGUCCUCAUCUGUCUUACCGGAUUCAAUGUUAUGGCAAUAUCCGACGUCGCUUUCGUGGCAACGUUCCUAAGUUUUCUCUUUAUGAGUCUGCUGCAAAUAUUUUUCUUGUGUUUCUUCGGGGACCUCUUGAUGACUUCGAGCCCAAACUCCAUGCAAAUUGACGGCAUCAGAUUUUUCCGAAGUGAACCUCAAAGCAUUUAUGAAGAUUUUAAGUACAGCUUGGUCUUACUUCGCCCUUCUACAAACCCUUUACGGAGCACCGACUUAAUUUAUGACUUAAUUAGUCUAUAUCAAGUUACUUUACCUCGCAUACAAAGUCACCUAGCCAACGUAGAACACAAACAAUUUAACUACUACCUAAUUGUAUCAAAUAUUAGACUAACUUUAUAUACAACUUUAUUGUCUCCAAAAUUGUAUCCAUAUAAUUUCUCAAAAAUGAAGAUAAAAAUGUCCAAACCACUAAUAUUCGAUCAAUCGAUUGAAAAACUCGGUGUUCUAUUCCGAUUUUCCGGAAUGAAUAUAAAAAACAAGAUCGUUACGCCAUUGGAUACAAUCAAAUUCAGGUGGCUAUACACCUUGAAUUUCCUCGUAGUUUUUUCAGCAAUUAUCGGCAGUGUGUACUACGUAAUACUGGGCAUAAAACAGGGCAAAAACUUUAUCGAAGUUACCAGUGUUGCUCCUUGCCUAACCUUUUCAAUACUUUCAAUGAUCAAGUCUUUAUAUCACCUAAUGUAUGAAGAACACAUUCAAGAGCUUAUAGAUCUUUUAACAGAACUUGAAAUAAGGGAGAAUAAUAGAGAAAAGUGUAUUGAAAAAGAGGAAAUUAUUUCCAAUGAAAUAGGGUUUUUGAACAAAGUAAUAAAUGUACUGUAUGUGCUAAACUGUUCAAUGAUAGUAGUCUUCGAUAUGACUCCUAUAGUAAUGAUAGCUGUGAAGUAUUACAAAACAAAUGAUUUCGAGAUGUUGCUGCCUUAUUUAGACGUGUUUUCGUUUAUUCCUUACGAACUCAAAUACUGGCCUUUUGCUUAUAUCCAUCAGAUUUGGUCAGAAUGCGUCGUACUUUUGGACAUGGCUGCAGCUGAUUAUUUGUUUUUCACUUGCUGUACUUAUAUUCGAGUUCAAUUCAAGUUGCUACAGUAUGAUUUCGAAAGAAUGAUUCCUGAUAGAAGUAUUUCUAAAGGACUGUUUUCUGAAGAGAAUGAAUUGCAUAACAAGUUCACAGAGUUAUUGAAAUGGCAUCAAGAUAUAAUAUACUCAUCAACCAUUCUUGAAAUAAUCUACUCAAAGUCAACGCUAUUCAACUUUUUAUCUAGUUCGUUAGUGAUUUGCCUCACUGGAUUCAAUGUUACGAUAGUAGAUGACAUAGUUAUAAUUAUAACAUUUCUGACAUUCCUGUCGAUGGCUUUAAUGCAAGUAUUCUUCUUGUGUUUCUUCGCUGAUCUGAUGAUGACUGCGAGUUUGGAAAUAACAAAUUCAGUGUACAAUUGCAAGUGGUAUUCCGCCAACAUCAAAGUUGGUAAACAAAUUCUGUUCGUGCAGACCAGGGCUCAGGAGCCAUGCAAACUGACAGCCGCUGGGUUUGCUGAUGUCAACCUGAAUGCCUUUAUGAGGGUUUUAAGCUCAGCAUGGUCAUAUUUCGCCUUGUUGCAGACAGUGUACGGCGCUAAAUAGAGUACAAUUUUCAGUAAUAUACCAAUAGUGAGCACUUUUACUUAAAAGCUGCACGGGGCAUUACAAGGUCUGUCCAUUAAUGAAUGAUGGAUAAACAUUAUUUUGCAGAAGGCCACUUUACAGCAUUGAGCGGAAAAUCUGCUAGUGUGACAGCGCUGGUAUUGUUAGGUAAUUGAUUCAUGUAUACCUAUAGAGAUUAUGUAUUUUGAAUACCUACUAUUCAUGUUUUAAGUACCUAAGAAUUACUGUGUCCAAUAACAUCAUGUUAUAAAAUCA